AUAAUUAAACGAUGGUUAUUCUCAACAAACCAUAAAGAUAUUGGAACAUUAUACUUCAUCUUCGGGGCAUGAUCCGGAAUAUUAGGAACAUCAUUAAGAAUAUUAAUCCGAGCAGAACUUGGUCAACCAGGAUCCUUAAUUGGAGACGACCAAAUUUACAAUGUAAUCGUAACCGCACAUGCAUUUAUCAUAAUCUUUUUCAUGGUUAUACCAAUUCUAAUUGGGGGUUUUGGAAAUUGAUUAGUACCACUCAUACUUGGGGCCCCUGAUAUGGCAUUUCCACGAAUGAAUAACAUAAGAUUUUGACUACUCCCACCCUCACUUACACUCCUCCUAACCAGAAGUAUAGUAGAAAGAGGAGCUGGAACAGGGUGAACAGUGUAUCCCCCGUUAGCUAGAGGAAUCGCCCAUGCGGGAGCAUCAGUAGAUUUAACAAUUUUCUCCUUACACCUAGCAGGUGUAUCGUCAAUUUUAGGAGCAGUAAACUUUAUCUCAACAGCAAUUAAUAUAAAACCAUCAAGUAUGAAAUCUGAACAAAUACCCCUAUUUGUAUGAGCAGUAAUUAUUACCGCCACCUUAUUAUUACUAUCACUACCAGUACUAGCAGGGGCUAUCACAAUAUUAUUAACUGAUCGAAAUUUGAACACCUCCUUCUUUGACCCAGCGGGAGGUGGAGACCCAAUUCUUUACCAACACUUAUUUUGAUUUUUCGGACAUCCAGAAGUAUAUAUUCUAAUUCUCCCAGGAUUUGGGAUAAUUUCCCACAUCAUUUCCCAUGAAAGAGGAAAAAAAGAAGCUUUUGGAAACCUAGGAAUAAUCUUUGCCAUACUAGCAAUUGGGUUAUUAGGAUUUGUAGUAUGAGCACAUCAUAUAUUUACAGUAGGAAUAGAUGUCGAUACACGAGCAUAUUUUACAUCAGCUACAAUAAUUAUUGCAGUACCAACUGGAAUUAAAAUCUUCAGAUGAUUAGCAACAAUCCAAGGAUCAAAAUUAUCAUAUAGACCCACAUGCUUAUGAUCAAUAGGAUUUGUUUUCCUAUUUACAAUAGGGGGGCUAACGGGGGUAGUCCUAGCAAAUUCAUCAAUCGAUAUUGUACUACAUGACACAUAUUAUGUAGUAGCUCACUUCCACUACGUUCUAUCAAUAGGAGCCGUAUUCGCUAUCAUAGCCGGAUUUAUCCACUGAUACCCAUUAUUUACAGGACUAACAAUAAAUCCAAAAUGAUUGAAAACUCAAUUCACAAUUAUAUUCCUGGGAGUAAAUAUAACGUUCUUCCCGCAACACUUCCUAGGACUAGCUGGAAUACCACGACGAUAUUCAGAUUAUCCAGAUGCAUACACUACAUGAAAUAUUAUCUCAUCAAUGGGGUCAACCAUCUCAUUUAUUGGAGUGAUAAUGUUUAUUUACAUUUUAUGAGAAAGAAUAAGAACUAAACGACAAGUGUUAAGAUCAACACAUACAAGAAACUCAAUUGAAUGAAUCCAAGAUCUGCCCCCAUCAGAACACAGAUAUUCAGAACUACCAACAAUUAUCAAUUAA